AUGUCCCACGAAAUGUCCCAUCUAGGGCCCAGAGCCUUCAACCACGACCAGAGCAACGACGCCGAGGCCGAAUACGAUCGCCUCCGCGAUCUAGCGCGCCAGGAAGCCUCGAAGCGCGGUCAAUGUUUCGGACGGUCUAAGGAGGCAUACUCGAGUGGUGAUGGUGCGGGCGCGAAGCAACUCUCCGAGGAGGGGAAGGCGCAUGGUCGCAAGAUGGAGGAGUAUAAUAGGCAGGCGUCGGAAUUUAUUUUCAAAGAGAAUAAUGCUAGUGGGCGGGUAGCUGCCGAUACGAUUGAUUUGCAUGGUCAAUUUGUUGAGGAGGCUGAGGAGAUUCUCGAGGAGCGUAUUAAGUACGCUAAGUCGCAUGGGCAGAAUCAUUUGCAUGUGAUUGUCGGCAAAGGCAACCACUCCGUGAACCACAUUCAGAAGAUUAAGCCGCGGGUGGAACAGGUCUGUCAGGAACUUGGCCUGCAGUACGCGACUGAGGACAAUGCUGGUCGAAUCUACGUCAACCUUACUGGCGGCGAGGCUGUCAUGCCUGAGUACCCGCAACACCAGCAAUCACACGGCCAGUAUCCUGGUCAACAGCAGUCGCACUCUGGUGGUUAUCAACAACACCAGGGACAACACCAGGGACAGCAACAGCAACAACAGCAACAGCAACCGGAUGAGCUUGAGCAGGUGGUUAAUGCCGUUCUGCCUAAGAUCAUGCGCAAGCUGGAGAAAGCCUGCUGUGUUGUUAUGUAA